CCAAAAUUCUUCAUCCCAUUUCUUCUUCCUCUUAGUUUUUUUUUUCUUGAUCUUCAUCAAACUUUGCUUUUGGAGAUCUACAAACAUAUUGAUAUCUCAUCAUUUUCAAAUCAAAAACUUCUGUCCACCAAAAUUCAGAAAUGGCGGGGAAUACGACGGCGCCGGGUGGCUGUCCGGCAGUGAUGAAAGCAACGUCCAACGGUGUCUUUCAAGGCGACAAUCCACUUGAUUUCGCUCUUCCUUUAGCCAUUCUUCAGAUAUGUUUGGUUGUUAUUCUUACUCGUCUUCUUGGUUUCGCCUUCCGUCCCCUCAGACAACCUCGAGUCAUUGCUGAGAUUGUCGGAGGAAUAUUGCUGGGACCGUCGGCAUUGGGUCGGAGCCAAGAAUUUCUUCACACAGUUUUUCCGGCGAGAAGCCUAUCGGUUUUGGACACGUUGGCGAAUUUGGGUCUUCUUUUCUUCCUAUUUUUAGUGGGUUUAGAGUUAGAUCUCAAAUCCCUCCGCCGUACCGGAAAAGGUGCAAUGGCCAUAGCCGUCGCAGGGAUCACCCUCCCUUUCGUCCUCGGCAUCGGAACCUCUUAUGUCCUCCGUUCCACCAUCUCCAAAGGCGUCAGUGGCCCUCCUUUUCUUGUUUUCAUGGGCGUUGCUCUCUCCAUUACCGCUUUCCCUGUUCUUGCUCGCAUUCUCGCCGAACUCAAGCUCUUAACCACCAACGUCGGCCGCAUGGCCAUGUCCGCCGCCGCCGUCAACGACAUAGCUGCUUGGAUCCUCCUCGCCCUCGCCAUCGCCCUCUCCGGCACUGGCCGUUCCCCUCUCGUUUCCCUCUGGGUUUUCCUCUGCGGCGCUGGUUUUGUUCUGUUUUGCUUCUUCGCUCUCCCCCCAGUCUUUCAAUGGAUCUCCCGCCGUUGCUCCGAUGGCGAACCCGUCAGCGAACUCUACAUUUGCGCUAUUUUAUCCACCGUCUUAGCCGCUGGAUUCGUCACCGACUUAAUCGGAAUCCACGCUCUAUUCGGUGCUUUUGUCGUCGGCGUCCUCGUGCCAAAGGAUGGCCCACUCGCCGGAGCUCUCGUCGAGAAAGUCGAAGAUCUUGUAUCGGGUUUAUUCCUCCCUCUCUAUUUCGUAUCAAGCGGAUUAAAAACUAACAUCGCAACAAUCAAGGGAGCACAAUCAUGGGGUCUCCUCGUUCUGGUAGUAUUCACCGCUUGUUUUGGGAAAAUCAUCGGAACAAUCUCUGUAGCACUCUGUUUCAAGAUGCCAUUUCAAGAAUCAGUUGCUUUAGGAUUCUUAAUGAACACAAAAGGGUUAGUGGAAUUAAUCGUUUUAAACAUCGGCAAAGACAGAAAAGUUUUGAAUGAUCAAACAUUCGCAAUCUUAGUUCUAAUGGCUAUAAUCACAACAUUCAUCACAACCCCAAUUGUAAUGGCGGUUUAUAAACCAGCAAAAAGAAAGAGCAAAUCGGAAUACAUAAACAGAACAAUCGAGCGAGAUGAACCCAAUUCAGAGCUGAGGGUUUUGGCUUGUUUUCACUCUGUUAACAACAUUCCAUCGAUUUUGAAUUUGAUUGAGGUGAGUCGUGGAAAAGAAGGUCGUGGGCGGCGGCUUUGUGUGUAUGCAAUGCAUUUGAUGGAGCUGACGGAGAGGUCGUCGGCGAUUGUAAUGGUGAACAGAGCAAGAAAGAAUGGAUUGCCGUUUUGGAAUAAAGGAGGGAAAUCGGAUUCAGAUCAAAUUAUUGUAGCGUUUGAGGCAUUUCAGCAGCUUAGUCGAGUGUCAAUACGUCCGAUGACGGCCAUUUCUCCGUUUUCAGAUAUGCAUGAAGAUGUUUGUAACAGUGCUGAGAGAAAACGGGCCGCCAUUAUCAUCCUUCCAUUCCAUAAACACCAAAGGUUUGAUGGAUCUUUGGAGACAACACGGACUGAUUUUCGAUGGGUUAAUCAAAAGGUUCUCGAACAACCACCAUGCUCCGUCGGGAUCUUAGUCGAUCGAGGUCUUGGAGGUGGCUCCCACAUAUGUGCUAGCAAUGUCUCUUCCACAAUAACCGUCUUCUUCUUCGGAGGUCGUGACGAUCGUGAAGCCUUAGCCUAUGGUCGAAGAAUGGUAGAGCAUCCAGGAAUAACCCUCAACAUCGUACAUAUUCUUCCUAGCUCUGACAUGGCUACAGAAUCAACCGUAAUCGACAUGCAUUCCAAAGAUGAUACUAAUACUUCAACACUCAUGGAUCAAAAAGUGUUGAUGGAGUUCAAUGUGAAGAAAAUAGAUGACGAGUCAAUUAGAUAUGAGGAGAGAACAGUGACCAAAUACAAUGACACAAUUGAAGUAAUAAGAGAAUUUAGUAGGUGUAAUUUGAUAUUGGUGGGUCGAGCCCCUGAAGGUCAAGUAAUAGAGAGUCUUCAUUUCAAAGGUGGCGAUUGCCCGGAGUUGGGUCCUAUCGGCAACUUGUUGACAUCAACAGAGAUCUCAACAUCAGCUUCAGUGUUGGUGGUACAACAAUUUCGAGGUCCAUUGUUGCCUUCUUCGUCCACCUCUACAGCAACAGUAUUACCCGAAGAAGUUACUGAGUAAUGAGUUGUUUGGAUUGACUUUCUAAAUGUUUUUUAAAAAAUGUUUAAAUCCCUAAAACCUACUAUUUUCAUUCACUCUAUAACACGUGGAAAACCAUGAUAAAAAAAAAUUGAAUGAGAUGUGUACAAAUAUAGGUAUAGUUUCGAGUGUACCUAUGUAUUUUUCUCUUAAAAAAGAUGUGGAGUAAAGCUCAUGUACAUUUUAAGAUGCAUUUAUCAUUGUGCAUCUCAUGGUGUUGAUCAAUAAGUACAUUAUAAUGUUGUAUUUGAGUCUUUUUUUUAAUGGUAAAGUGUACAUUAUGGCUA